AAAAGUAUAGAAAAAUAAAUACGAAAACGAAUACUCAAAAAUCAAAGAUUUGAUUUUGAUUUGUGGUUGAGAUUGAGAUUGAUAAAUAAAUAAAAAGGAUCAAAAUGGUGGCAGUUGGAAAUUUGCAUAAUACGCGCAUUUUGCGCUUUCUGUUGGUUUUGAUUGCCGUAAUACUCACUAUCGUUAUCUAUGCAUCGUAUUCCACAAUGACAACAACGUUGACGCCAACACAUAUGCACGCUCCGGCGGCGCCACCAACGCCACAACAACUAACGGGAGCCGCCAAUCGUCAACAGCAACAGCAACAACAAUCGGAGCAGUUGCCACAACAUCUAAACAACACGGGAGUCUUGAACAUCGCCGGAGCGGAGGAUAAUGGUAAAUCUAGAUCGCAGGAGUUGCAUAGGAAGCCUCCAAUGCAGCAUCGUUUGCCCACCAUUGAUGAGGAUGCGCUAUUGGAUGGAGGAGCUGGUGGUGCCAGUCCCAUGGCUGGCAGUGAACAGGCGCCCAAUGUUGCCGAUGAGUUGCUCGAAGAGCAGCAAUAUGUGCAAAGCAUUGAUGCCAUGACAGGCAACAUCAAUAACAACAACAGUGAGUCGCUGACUGUUAAGCAAUCAGUUGGAGCAGCAGCUGCAUCAGCAAUUGCCUCGCCUCAGCAACAACAACAACAACAGCUGCAGCAGCAGCAGCACCAACAACAACAACAGUCGCCUUCAGAUGCGGAGAUUCUUAUGAUACCGACUUCCAAUUUGCAAAAGUUUAUUGAGAAUGCCGAUAAGAUACUAAAGAACAUGACAUCAAACAGCAGCAGCAGCAGCAACAACAACAACAACAACAACAACAACAACGCGUUGCCCAACGAACAACACACGGAUAAAACCAAUCAGCCUGGAUUGAUGGAUGACUUGCAAAUUAAUUUGCUGGACAAUAACAAUGCGGCUGUGCCGCCAGCUUCUUCAUACGCCGUGAUGCAAGUGAAAGUGGACGGCGAGGAAACAAAGGAGAAGCCGCCACCACCAAAGCCGCAAGUCCCCUCGGUGCGUACCACGAAAUCCAAAAGCAAGACUCCCAGCAGUCCAAUGGAUCCAUCCAAGGGCAUUACAACCUACAAAAUCUAUGAAAGCGGACAUUUAAAUGAAGAGAUUGAUGUGGAGCGCAUUUGUCCGCUUAAUGGCACCAAAACUAGAAUGUUGAUACUGAUCACGUCGGCACAGACACACGCGGAUGCACGCAUGUCCAUCAGACAGACCUGGGGACACUAUGGAACACGUCGUGAUAUUGGCUUGGCCUUUGUUUUGGGUCGCGGCACCAACGAGACGGUGAAUCAGGCUCUCAGCGAUGAGAACUACAUGUACGGCGACUUGAUUCGAGGAAACUUUAUUGACUCCUAUAAUAAUCUAACGCUAAAGACGAUCUCGUCCUUGGAAUGGGCAAAUCAGCAUUGUAAUGGUGCCAAGUAUAUACUAAAAACAGAUGAUGAUAUGUUCAUCAAUGUGCCAAAGCUGUUGAAUUUUGUGAAACAGCUGGAGAAGCACAAGGACAAGCGCGUCAUCUUUGGCCGAUUAGCCAAGAAAUGGAAGCCGAUUCGUAAUAAGAAAUCCAAGUACUACGUGUCGACUGAUCAGUUCCCGGCGGCAGUGUUUCCUUCGUUCACCACAGGACCUGCCUACGUGAUGACAGGCGACAUUGUGCACGAUCUUUAUGUGCGAGCGUUAAAGACAGUUUAUCUGAAGCUGGAGGAUGUCUUCACAACAGGCAUUGUGGCCCAAAGUCUGGGUAUCGAACGUCUGCACGUCAAUGAGUUCGUAAAUCGUCGAAUCUCGUUUAAUCCUUGCAACAUACGCAAUGCCAUUAGCGUACACAUGAUCAAGUCGAACGAACAGUUUGAUCUGUGGAAGAAACUGCUGGAUCAGACUACAAAAUGUAAAUAGUAUUUUAGGUUUAAGCUGUGAAUUUAAUCUAUGUUAAAUGUUAGAGCAAUGGAAUUAGCAAAAGAUAAAAAAGAAAGGCAGCAUCUAGAGAUACUUUAGUUUCUAAGUAUUAGGAAUGUAUCUGAUGUCUACUCUCGAGUUACACAACAUAAUGUACUAUGCGUACACCUAUAUAUAUUUUAAAUUAUGUUUUGGUAGUCUAACUUUAGCAUUAUAAAUGCCAUUAUUUAACUGAUAAUUAGCAAUAACUGUGGUCAUAAGUAUGAUAACACAAUAUACACACAAACACACUCUCACAAAACACAACUCACACCUUUAGUAGCCGUAAUGCAAGGUAAAAUUUUCAAUAUUUUACCAAAAAAACGAAGCGAAAACAGUCUCAAAGAACACUAUUGGCUUACUGUGGUCGUCAAAUAAUCUGUGUUUUUUUAAAUAUAUAAAAGGCAGCUCUUAUAAGAAUU